AUGUUUACCAAUAAACCAAAGUUAAUUUUAAAAAGAGUUCUCUCCACUCACAAAAGCAUCUGGAGAGUGCCCAAAGGGCACGAUACGGCCAUAAAUAUCUAUAAUUGCGUGACAAGGAGAAAUGAGCCAUUUAUAGUGAGAAAUAAAGAUGUGGUGACCUGGUAUACAUGCGGCCCCACUGUUUAUGAUGCCGCUCACUUGGGCCAUGCCAGCUGCUAUGUGAAACUGGACAUAAUCCAGAGGAUAUUAAGGCGGCACUUUGCUCUGAAUGUGGUCACCUGCAUGAACAUUACCGACAUAGACGAUAAAAUCAUCAAAAGGGCCCAAGAGUUGCGAACCGAUUUUAGCGAGGUUUCUAGGAAAUUUGAGAAGGACUUCUGGGCGGAUUUGAGUGCGCUGAGUAUCCCCCAACCAGACAUAGUGUUGAGAGUAACCGAAAACAUCCCCUUGAUCAUACAGUUUAUUGAAAAGCUCCAAGCUGAUGGGGCGGCAUACACAGGGGGCGACAGUUCGGUUUACUUCGACACCUCACAAAGUUGCCAUCCUCCAGGCAGACUGCAGAACAUUAGCGACUCUCCUCCGGAUAGUUCAAAUCCCCACAAACGCCGGCAAGCGGAUUUUGCCUUGUGGAAAGCGGUCAAAUCCCCGCUGGAGCCCUGCUUUGAUAGCCCCUGGGGCAAAGGCCGGCCUGGUUGGCAUAUAGAAUGCUCCUCAUUGGCCUCCCAUGUGUUUGGGGCUGCUAUCGAUGUGCAUGCAGGCGGAUUGGACUUGAGAUUCCCGCAUCACGAGAACGAAGAAAUGCAAAGCUGCGCUUUCCAUGGAAGGCCCCAGUGGGUGAACUACUGGAUUCACACUGGGCAUUUGCACCUUAAAAACGCGGCUAAAAUGUCCAAGAGUUUGAAGAACACAAUUUCCAUUCAGGAGAUGCUGGAAGAGACCAAGCCGGAAGUUUUCAGGUUUGCCUGUGCAAAGUCCCAUUACUCCAACCCAGUGGAGUACAGCGUCGAACUGAUUGAAACAUCCGCUAGUGCCUUGGCGGCUGUUCGGAAUCUUUGUGUGAGUUUUUCGGAGCUGAAAAGGGGCCUUCUGAAGCCAGUUUUGAACAACGACGUGUUGAGCGAGCUGCUUGGGAAAUCCACUAAAGACAUCCAUGCAGCGCUUUGCGACGACUUCAACACGCCCCAAGUGAUACAGGCUUUGGAUCGCGUGGCUUCCACCGUCAACUCUAUGUUGCAUUCAGCAGCCUCCCAAAGUGCCAGUGGGGGUGAUUUGCAGUAUGUUUUGGCUUUAAACAAUCUGGUUCGCGAUAGUCUCAGUCUGUUCGGCAUUGAGUUGGAUGAGGCAAGAAACGCUCAUCAAGCGCAGGACUCUGUAGAGCUUAUCGAUAAGCUGGUGAACUUCCGCCAAGACGUUAGAGCUGUAGGCUUGCAGGAGAAGAACCAAACGCUAUUAAAGCUGUGCGAUGGUCUAAGAGACGAUUUGAAACCUAGUGGGUUGACCAUCAAGGACCACGGCAAAACUUCUUCUUGGAGUAAAAAUUAA